AGGUAACAAAAAAAAUUUGGGCUGUGUUCGGAAUAUGAAUUUCUCAAAAAUGGGAUACGGAAAAGGGCAGCAUUGGUACAACUAAUAUUACACUUCCUUUUCUUUUUAUCUCAUCAACUCAUUAUGGUAAAACUUAUCCAUCCAUCCAUCCAUCCAUCUAAUAUGUAACUCAUCCAUCAACCGAUCCAUAUAUCGUUACAUUUCUUUAUCGACUAUGGAACAAAUUCGGAAAACUUGCAAGAGAAGAAACAACGGACGUAACAAGCACGGUCGUGGUCACAACAAGUUCAUUCGUUGCAUCAACUGUUAUCGUUGCUGCCCCAAGGACAAGGCCAUCAAGCGAUUCACUAUCCGCAACAUGGUCGAAGCUGCUGCUGUCCGUGAUCUUCAAGAAGCAUCCAUCUACGAAGAAUAUGCUAUCCCUAAAUUGUAUGUCAAGUUGCACUAUUGUAUCUCUUGCGCCAUUCACGCUCGUGUCGUUCGUGUUCGAUCUGUUGUCAACCGUCGCAACCGUGCUCCUCCUCCACGAUUCCGAUUCCAAAAGUCCAACUAG